UUUCUGCUACGAGUGACGAAAAACGUCUUCUUGGCUCGAGCGCUUUGUCAGAACAGUGAAUGACUUGAGUUCGUGGAAGCACGAGAAUUUUGUCAUUUACCAUGUCGAAUUAACUACCUGUUGAUGUUGUUUAACAGUAAAAUAUAAAAAACACAAAUAGUGUGUGAAUGCUGCAUAAAUAUAACAGUUAAAUUGCAUAGUAUCGGUAAAAAUGGCGACUAAAGGUAGAGAAAUUCAACAUGUAUUUCUAGUACUAUGGAGUAUCCUCACAUUUUUGACAGUAUCGGUGUCAUCUUCACAGCACCCGGAAAGAAUUGUUGCUUUCUUUAACGGUGAUUGUGCUGUAUCUAAUCCAUGUCAACACGAUUGUGAAAACAUAAACCAUCAAGGUUUCUUCUGUGUAUGUCGUGAAGGAUACUACCUCAAUAAAGAUGGAAAAACAUGCUCAGUCUCGGUGCAUGAAAUGUUUCCCGAAGUAUCAGAAGAAAAACCACAAAGAGAUGAAAUAUAUAUUCGUGAAAAUAACCAACUUGAUAGCCAAUCAAUAUACAGUAUUUAUGAAUCUAACCAAUCAAAAGACAAAAAUACUCGAUUGGUUAACAACGAACAUAGAAAAGUUAAGAACUUACAAACUGAUGCAUCAUCAGAAUAUACUAUUCAUACAGUAGAUCUUAAGAAAGAUGUUGAUGUUCCACCACAGCUUAGUGAGUUACGAAUUCAUGAGGGUGGGGACAGUCAAGAGGGUUCUGUUCGAUAUGUUGAUUUAUCAAUGCAGAAUAUUCCAAGGAAACCAGUCAAAUUGAGUGUAAAGCAACUGUGUUUGGAUGUAGUGUGUCAGAAUAAUGGAACUUGUGUUGUUGAAGGAAAUAUUCCACGGUGUGAUUGUCCACUUGGUACAGCUGGAAGUAGAUGUCAGAAAUAUAUUUCUGUACGAUAUCCACAAUUUUUUGGGAUGGGAUAUUUAGCACUGCCAGUUUUAAAGGAUGGAUAUAAAGAAUUUACUAUUGUUGUUGAAUUCCGACCACAGGCACAGAAUGGUCUAUUAUUGUUUAGCUCAGAAACAGAAUCGGCAAAAUCUGACUUCUUUUCUAUAGCAUUGAUUGAUGGAUUUGUUGAAUUCAGGUUUGACUGUGGAACUGGUUUAGGUGUUAUAAGAAGCACUGAAAUGGUUAAGAUUGGCCAGUGGAAUAGAGUAGCAUUAUUUAGAAUUGAUAAUUCUGCAACAUUAAGAUUAAACAAUGAUGAACCUGUUGAAGGAACAGCCAAGGGAGAAUUCUCUCGAAUUACACUGAGGUUAAAUGUCUAUGUAGGAGGAUAUAGUAAUAUGUCUGCUAUAUCAUCACGUAUUGGAACUAGGAAGCGAUUGGUUGGCUGUGUGCAAGAAGUCAGUAUAAAUGGUUAUAGAUAUGAUUUAAGAAAAGCUGAUAUUGUUGGUGAUGCUGAGUUUGGUGUUAAUGUUGGUGAAUGUAGUCAAGGUAUUUGUGAAACUGUAAGCUGUGAAAAUGGUGGUAUAUGUAGUAUAAAAUCAGCUGAUAGCCAUGUUUGUUUAUGUCCACUGGGAACAUCAGGAGAUACCUGUGAACACAAACAUGAAAUCCACAUACCAAGGUUUAGUGGCCAUGCAUAUCUUCAGUAUGAGGGUCUAGGACGAUCUGUAUUAACAUAUACAGAGAUAGAAGUGGUAUUUAAACCAACAACAGAAGAAGGUUUAAUAUUUUAUAAUGGUUAUACUAAAGAUAGAAAGGGGGAUUUCAUAUCUCUAGCUUUAAGAGACAGUUAUUUUGAGUUUAGAUUUGAUCUUGGAACUGGUCCAGCUAAAUUAAGGAGUUUGACACCUUUAGCCAUUAACCAGUGGCAUGUAGUACGUAUAUCACGAACUGGUCUACAAGGUACAUUAAAGGUUGAUGAUCAGUUAGAGAUAGAGGGUGAAUCACAGGGAGCUUAUACACAACUCACAUUAUUAGAGAAUCUAUUUAUAGGUGGACAUGCUAAUUAUGAUGAAAUGUCCAAACAUGUCAACAUGUCAAAAUCUUUCACUGGUUGUAUACAGAAGGUUGUUAUUAAUAAGAAACCAUUGAGUAUUAUGGAAGCUGCUCUAGAUGGUGUGAACGUAGAACCAUGUGAACAUCCGUGUGAUGGUACACCAUGUAUGAACGGUGGAGAAUGUGUACCACAACAAGAUGUCUAUCAAUGUUACUGUCCAUUAGGUUAUUCUAAUACAAACUGUGAAGAUCGAAUGAGAAAGUUACCAUCCAAACCAAUGUUUAAAGGAAAUGGCUUUCUGAUAUAUACAGAUAAAAAAGUUGUAAAAAGAGUAACAGGAAGUAAAAUAGAUCUACAGAUGUAUAUAAAACCUCAAGAUAAAAAUGGACUAAUAUUUUGGACGGGCCAGAAUCACAUGAAAACAGCUAGUGAUUUCAUUGCUCUAGGUUUUCGUGAUGGCAGUCUACAGUUUCGCUUUAAUCUAGGAAGUGGAGAAGCUGUGAUUGGCUACAAUGAUUCCCGAUUAUUUGAUGGAUCUUGGCAUUUCGUUCGAGCCCAAAGAGAUAAACAAGAUGCAUAUCUAGAGAUAGAUGGUAUAGAGAUAGUUGAAGGCAGUUCACCUGGUAGUUACACCAUGCUAAAUACAAAUAAAAUGGUAUAUUUAGGUGGAAUGACCGAUGUAGCUGAAAAAACCCUAGGAAAAUUUACAACUGGAUAUACUGGCUGCAUUAAAGAUAUAACACUAGCUACAGAUUUCAAAGUGAAGUUGAUUGGUCAUGCACAAAGUGGUCGAAAUGUUAACCAAUGUACAAGAAGAGUUUGAUGUGAUAAAAAUUGUGAUUUGACUCAAAAUGAACAGCAAGUUAUUUUGUUGUGUAGUAGAUAUAUUUCAUUUAAUAACGAAGAUGAUCAGUUGGCAUUAAAUAACCAUUGAUUUAUGAUGAGGAUUGUAUCAGUUAUUGUACUGUAAAGAGGUUAAUAUUCAUCUGUAAUUAAAGACUGAUGUUUCCAAUAACUAUUUUAUUCUAUAGACAUUGGAAACGUCUAGUAUUAUACAGCUCAUAUAACCUCAUUAACUUUAAUAAUAAGACUCAAGCUGUCAUGUUUCAUAUAUAGAAUAUUAUAUUAUUUCAUCUGAUAUCAGACUAUUCUAUAUAUUGGUAAUAUCAGCCAUAAUUUCAUAUCUCAUUGUUUUAAUUUAGAUUAUCUUAAAUAUUUAACACUACAAUUUGGUGAAAUUUGUAUGUUUUACUGUUGAUUAAUUAGUAAUUUUGUAUAAUUAAAAACGAAAGGAUUUAAAACGGACAAUGGGGUAAUACCCCAAGUUGGGUCCAGGUUUGGAAUUCCCCCAAUCUGAUUGACAUGUACCAUGUUAUCGCUUGCAGCGAAAUAAUAACUGAUAUAUUUUUGACAUUUAUUUCCCAUAAAGAUAUAUUUGUUGCAUUUAUCUGUAUUUGCGAAAAACUUGUCUAUUUUAUUUUAUUAAAGAUACGUUAUGUAAGAUUUGGAUAAAGAAGUGGCAGAUCUUGCUUUAAUAGUUCAAAAAUAGAUAAUGCAAAAUGAAUAUAUUGAAAAUAUUUCAUUCAGAUUACUUUACUUGAGCGAAGUUAUCCAAAUUUGUAGUUUGGACAAGAUGUGUGCAUUGAUUGUUUAUUAUCAUAAUUAAAUCAUUAAAUGGCCGAAUCAUUCUAAUCUACUUAAAAUCAGAGCCAUUUGAUGGCAUCGAGAGUUGAUUAUGGUCUUCUUGUGUUAAUAAAAGUCUAAUAUUAAUAAUUUAUAUAACAUUUAAGGCCGAAAGAACGACCUGCAAAAAGCAGAUUUAGCUCUUAAAUAAUGCCUUUUUAAGAAAAAGUUUAAAACUUCUGAAAUGGUUUAAAACUUCUGAAAAAGUUCUAAGGUAGCUAUAACAAUUCAUAUAAAAUACAAACUGAGUAACAAGCAAAAUUUGUUUUUUGUAAUGAAACAAAUGGCAUAGACCAUGGGUCGGGUCCAUAAAUAAUUGAACACCACCGAUGGGAAUUGGAAUUGGUUUGGACCAUUGGUGAGGCGUUAAAUCUUUCUCUGAUUAUUAAUUGACUAUCCAUACACAACAUUAACAAAAAAGAAUUACUAUUCCAUAUGUUGUUGCUCUUUUUAUUACAUGACAUUUACCGUAGUUCAUUUACAAUAUAAAAAUCUGGGGUUUUUUCCCCCAGUAGAAGUAUUGGAAUAACAACUGUACCACACUUUUGUUUGAUAUUCCAUGGGGAAAAAAGCCAAUAUUAUUUGUUCAUUCAUUGAUAAAAAAUAUAUAUCAUCCAGUUCAUAUUAUUUGAAUCAAAAAAAAAUUGUGCUAUUAUUCUAUAAAAAAUGUGGCUUGCUGUAAUUAUUUUGAAUAUAUUUUAAAUCAAAAUAUUUUUUUCUUUAUAAUGUGCUAUUAUUUCAUAAAAAUUUACAUAGAUGAGCAAUUAUAAUCUUUUAUCAUAUUAGUAUCAUUUAUGACAAAUUCUUAAAUUGAUUUUACUACGCAGAGAUUUUAUAAAUACAAAUUUUCCUAAACUGUUUUUUUACUACAAGUACCAGUAAACUUUCCUUUUUUCUACAAGUACCGGUAAACGUUUUUAUAUGCCCACAUUGAAAUGUGGUCGUAUAUUUUUGGUCACCCCAUCCAUUCAUCCGUUGGUCCCGCCAUCCACAAUAGCUUGUGGACAUUUUAGAGGUUAAAUUUAUUUUUAGACACACUGUUCAAGGUCAUGAGACGAAGAAGUCUUUGAUUUUCAACGAUUUCUGAUAAUUACUGCCUGAGUUAUGACAAUUGAUCACUCUAAAACAGCUUUUGGAUGCUCUAUAGGCUAAAGUUAAUAUCCGAUUGACUUUAAAUUUAAACACAGUGUUUAGGGCCAUGGGAUGAAGAGGCCGAUUCAUUUUCAACGAUUUCCGAUAAUUACUGCCAGAGUUAUGACCCUUGAUCACUUUAAAAUAUCUUGUGGGCGCUUUAGAGGCUAAAGUUAGUAUUCGAUUGACUUUAUAUUUACACAAUGUUUAAGGUCAUGAGACGAAGAAGCCUCUUCAUUUUCAACGAUUUCUGAUAAUUACUGCCAGAGUUACGACUUAGCUGCUAUGGGCGUAUGUUUCUUUGCCUGGCAAACUAUUAUUACAGGGUUUAUGGUUGUAAUUAUUUAAAUUAUUUAUAUACGUACCAAAUAUUGAGAUAUAUUUGAUUUGGGCACCAAGUAAGAUAAAUGCAAUGGUUGCUUAAUAUUAUGUAUAAUAAUAAGGGAUUUAAGAAAACAUUAUAUACUCUAUAUAUUCUUUAUUUCAAUCAAAUUGUAAUAACGUACUAUUAACUUUGUCCUUGUUUUGAAUUUCGAAACUCUGAAAAAUUAUAAUAAUUUAAUUGAAAACAGCAAUUAAAUAUAUUUGGUUAGUAAUGCUGUGCUUUAUGUUUGAACUGUAUGAAUAUUUUAAAGAUUCAACAACAAAAUUACAAGAGAAUCACGACUUUCAAAAUCUGUGAUUUUUGUUAUAUAUUUGAACUUCUAAUUCACAUUUUUUGUUUGUUGAGUUAUGCCAUUGCUGUUUCAUAAAUCUUUUAUUUUUCACAGUGGAGAAAUUACUUUGCAAAUUCCAUUUGACUAGUAGCAGGAACAAAAUAAAUUAUACCCAGAGCACUGAUCAGAUAUUAUUUUGAUGGAAAAUCUGAGAACACAAGAGAACACUAAUCAUGCUAAUGAGAAAUAAAUUGAGGAAAAAAACACAACAUCUGUAUGAAAACAUUAUAAUGACUUUUGUUCUUGUUAAAGGGCAGAGUAUCACUCAUAAAUUUUCUGGCAAUUAGAAAUAAAGCAUUAUAAUUAUAUAUCACUUAUCAUCAUUUCUAACUUUUUACUUUCAAAAAGAGAAUUGUAUGAUUUGAAUUCUGACUGUUUUAUACUCAACCAUAAUAAUUUGUAAUAUAUAUCGCUUGUAAAUAUGAUAUUAUUUAAUGUUAAAGCUUCUUAGUGUGAUAUUGUUGAUUUUUUAUUUUGUGUUAUUUCAUAUUUAUGUCAUCAAGUUUUUGUUAGUAUUUGUAAUCAUUGUAUUGUUGUUAAGGAAGUACAGUAUUCAGUUUUCAGUCUUCAGUCGGCUUUGAUGUUAUUUUAAAGAUCUUUAUCAAAUUGUCCUAAUCUAAAGUAUCAAACUUAUAAUGAGAGCAUGAAAUUCAUUUUUCAUAUUAAUUUGAAAUGUUUGUUUCAUCUUUUUCACAUUGGUGAUUACUGUUCAUCUUUUUCACAUUGGUGAUUCAUAGUUUAUUCAGAUAUACACAUAGAUCACCUCCAUUCUUAUAGGUCUUCCACUUAGAGGCAUUGUCAGGUUUUUAUUUUGUGAGACUGUCUGUGCUCUAUUAACAUAUGAUUUUAAUUAGGACUAUGUAUUUUGUAUAGUGUGGCAUCUUCCAGAAAUGUAUCUGUUGUAAAAUAACAGAUUUAAAUAGACAAAUCAUGAAAGUUUAAAAUCAAAAUACUGAAGCUUUCUGAAAAAAUCGCUAGAUUUACUGAACUCAUUUUAAGAAACUUCAUCUGUUUCUUGAUAUAAUUAAAUGGUUAUCCAAGUACUUAUAUAACAAGUAAUUGUGUGACUUAUUGCCAACACCAACUAGAAAUUACAAGUUUGUAUUUCUUUUUAAAAAGUGUCAUAGCUUAAGAAAGUUGCAUUGGAGUCAGAUAAAGAUCUCUUAAGAAAUUAUCACACAGAAUUAAUCAGUUUUAUUCACUAAAAUGUAUUUUACAUUGCUCCUUUAAUCAGAGAGCUAAAAAUUCUUGUACUACAUAGCGGUUAUAGCUCAAAAUGAAAAAUAAAUUAUGGUAUAAUUGAAGCAGAUUUAAGUAUGUUUAUUAAUAGUAGUAAACUAAUUAUUAAUUUGUUUCAGUGAAAUGUAGGAAUUAAAUGUAGCAAGACUAACCCAUGGAAAAAUUAUACUGUUUACAAAUAUACAGUCUUCAAAAUAAUUAGGUCUCAUAACAUAAAAAUUUGGCACUGCCUCUUCAGAACCAUCACAAUAGCCUUAAAUAUUUAUAAUUGUGUUGCAAACUUAAUUAUUAUAUUACACAAAUAAUUCUUAUUUUAAUCAUCUAUUAACUAAUGGACAUUAUUAACUCAGAAUUACAGUAACUCAAAAGUUUCAGGAAUUGUGAGAAAACUUUGCAAGAAAGUUUAAAGCUGAUAUAUGAACCUGUAUUUGAACUAUUUUUAUAUAUAAAGAAAAUUAAUAACUUGUUACUGUAUGUAUGUUGAUAAAAACUGUAAUUGUUUGUUGGUACAGCAGAACUAUGUUAGGUUAAAUAUUUUGAUGUUGGUAACAACAGAACUGUGUUAGGUUAAAUAUUUUGAUGUUGGUAACAACAUAACUGUGUAAGGUUAAGUAAUUUAUGUAUUUCAAUAGAAAAAGUACAUUUGUAGUUGCUAUAAAUUUAUUUCAAUUUGUGUAAGUUUUUAACAGUUCUUUUUAUUCAUCCAUUGUAUAACAUGUCAUAUAUUGUCUUGCCCACUUCAUCCAGCUUGUUGAGAUUUUUGUUUUCAAACUUUGAAAAAACAUUAAUGAUAUUCAAAACCAUGUGUCAAGUACUCUCAGAGAUAUUUCUCUGUGAACAAAAACCUUGUAAAGGAUCCACAGAGAUAUAUCUUUUUCAAAUUUACAGAGAUUGUUUGGUUAGUAGUAAGGUUCAGAGUCAUGUUCAGUUAUUUGUCAGUUAUACCUGGCUUGUAAUUACACACACUGUGUUUUUGGUGUCAUCACAUUGAUAAAACUUUUCAAAUGAACCCUUUUGAAAUUCAGAGUCUUUCUCUAAGUGCAAUGCUGUAAACCAUUGGUCUAGUGAUAUUAUUGCUUAAAGUUCUGGAGAAAUAGUUCAAAGCAUUACGAAAACGACCAACAAUUUGGCUGCUGGUGGGUGCAUUUUAGUUGCCUGGCACCAUAUAUUUAUUUGAUAUGUUAUUGUACAUCAGUCACACUUGUUGCACACUUCUAAUACACUUUUGUCUUCUUUUAUAAAAUACUGUUUUAUACCAGUUUCCUAAAUUCCACGACUUGACAUUCCACUGAUAAUGAGAUAAAUUAAACAGAUUGUAUUUAGAAAAAGCAAAAUGGUGUUAUCUGUAUUCAUAUUCACUUUAAUUAAUAUUUCAUCAAUUAAAUUAAAUGUUACAUGACCCAUGCAUCAUUAGAAAUAAUUUUGUCACAAGUAAAAUGCCUCUAUGUAUUGUAAAAGUUUAAUAGUGUAUGUUUCAUUGUUAUUAAUUAAGUAUCCUGUUUUCACAAAUGACUAUUAUACUUAAUCGUCUAGCCUCAUGUCAUUGAUCUCUGGGAGAAUACAUUUAUACUCCCAGUUGAUGAUAUCUAAUACAGAAAAUAUUAAAAUUACUGUUCAGUUAA